GCCGGCUGGAGCAUAGCACAAAACCUGCCUUCAUCCACCACCAGGAGACCCUCUGGAAGAGAUGUCUCAAUGCAUGUUCCCUAUGCUGGCCUUUUAUAGCAAAGCCCAUGCUGAAAUUCUCCUUUCAUCUCUCGUUUGCAAUCAGUGGACGAAAAGCCUGUGCUGUCCUAAGGGCAGGUACAGUGUUGCUUGAGAUGGGAAGGGGUUCUGAACCCUAGACUUUUCUGCAAUUUCCAAGGGUGGGCGCAUGUCACUUGGAAACUGGGAAAUGAGGUUGGUCAUUUUUUUUUUUUUGUCCUGAGGUUAACAGGCAGGUCCAUGCAGCUGGAAAGCAGGUCAUAAGCAAGUCAGGUAGCAGGUUUGCCUGGUAUAAACUGACAAUUUCCAACAGCUGGGAGGCAAAGGGGUUGGGGGUAUUGGAUAUUGGACCAGGUUGGUGGGAGAGAACCAGCAGUCGAAAGGAGGAAGUCAGAGUUGGUGACUUUUGCUGAGGGAGGAGUUGCAGUAAGGUGAAGCAGAGCGAACAAGGUUGGGUUGCAGGGAGAUUGCGAAACAACUUGAGGCCCUGUUUAGAGUCUGGCUCCUGUAUACUGUGUCCAGUAUUUUCAUGCCAGAACGUCUUGCUUACCUACACAUGUGGCUACAGAGAGGGUAUCUCAGUAGGGAUGGGCUGUUUAUAUAAGGUAUGUCACAGUAGUAUCUGAGUGCCUUACAAUUUUUAAAGGAUUUAUCUCGUUUUUUUCUCUCUUCCCCUCUACUGAGGCCGGGCAGUGCUGUGAUCCCCAUUGCACAGAUGAGGCACGCAGAGACUAAGUGAUUUGCCCAUAGCCACGUGGGAAGUAUGGGGUGUAGCAGGGAAUUGAACCUGAAUCUCCCAAGUCCCAUGCUAGCGACCUGCAUCGCUGGGGGAAGGGCUACUCCCCACCCCUGCUGUCUAGCUUAAACCUGUAGCCUUGUGAUAUGUAGGAGACUCGUAUCGUUUUCUGUCCACAGGCGCGAUGUGGGAAUGUGUGGGGUGCUUAACGAGAUAGCGAAUGCGGAGGAGGCAGAUCUCCAGUGGAUGAAAACAGGAUCACGCUGGGCUUUGGCUCUGUGCCACUGGGUCUCCUCUCUCCACGGCUCCCUGUUUCCCCAUUUGUCACUGUGCAGUGAAGACAUGAUUGCGGAGUUCUCCCAAGCGGUGGACUGGGCUGGCUGCUCCAUCCGGGCUUUUGCCUGGCACCCUCACACCAGCAAGUUUGCGGUGGCCCUUUUGGACGACUCCAUCCGAGUUUACAACACAAACAGCGCGACGGUCCCCAUCCUGAAACACCGCUUGCAGAGGAAUGUGGCCUCGAUGGCAUGGAAGCCACUGUGUGCAUCCAUCCUCGCCGUGGCAUGCCAGAGCUGUGUCUUGCUUUGGCACUUGGAUCCUACUUCCCUUUCCACCAGGCCUUCCUCUGGCUGCGCCCAGGUGCUUGCCUACCCCGGUCACAGUCCCGUCACCAGCCUGGCAUGGGCCCCCAGUGGAGAGAUGCUGCUCUCGGCCUCGCCUGUUGAUACUGCCAUGCUUGUGUGGGAUGUGUCCACGGAAAACUGUGUCCCGCUGCAGUGGUUUGGAGGGGGUGGAGUCACUUACCUUGCUUGGUCACCCGAUGGCAGCAAGGUGCUAGCAGCCACACCCUCAGCAGUGUUCAGGGUUUGGGAAGCUCAAAUGUGGACGUGUGAGAGAUGGCCCACCAUCAAGGGGCGCUGCCAGACAGGGUGCUGGAGCCCGGACGGCAGCCGCUUGCUCUUUAUGGUCCUGGGGGAGUCGGUCAUUUACUCCUUGUCCUUCUCGGAGUACAGUGGCGAGAUGCAAGGCCAAGUAGGAGGAUCAAAAACAGCUUCUAUUGUGGCAGACCUGUCUGAGACCACCUUCGAGACGCUGUAUGGGGAGGAGAGGAUCGGAGGGGAAGUGCACUCCAUGGUCUGGGACCCCAGCGGCGAGAGGCUUGCGGCUCUCAUCAGAGGGAAUCCCGAAACCCCUGAAAGCAGGACGAUCGUUGCUGUGUUUCGUACCCGCAACAGCCCCGUGUUCGAACUCCUGCCAUGUGGCUUCCUGCAGGGGGAGCCAGGGGCUGAGCCGCAGCUGAUCGCUUUCCAUCCCUGCUUUAAGAAAGGGGCCCUCUUGACUGUGUGCUGGUCUACAGGGCGGAUCAGCCAUGUCCCGUUUUUCUUUGUGAGCGCCCAGUUCCCCUGCUUCAGCCCCAGCCACAGUCCUGUUGUGGCCCUGAGCAGCAGCAGCGCCAGCGUGCGGGAGCAGCCCUUGUUUUCGGAGCUGUGAAGAGCGGAGCGGGGGACCCUUGGGCCGGGCUCCAUUUGAACCCUGCUGGGCCUUUCCUUAUUAUGCUGCUUGUGCUGUUCUGCUGGGUAACCACGGUGCUCGCUCCCUCUAAUGGUUACUCCGCCCUACCACAUCCACUGGGAUCAUGCUGGGCACUGAUGGAUUUUAUAAUUUGUCAAGAGAGCCCCGAGUCUGGACGGGGAGCAGUUUUGUUUGCUGUAUAAGGAGCCAGCCCAGGGCGCGAGGCCCUGCUUUGUAAAGCCGCUUGGUGCUGUCCGGAUUAAAGAUCCCACUUCCAUUCUGGCUCCCGUUCUCUUGCACCUCCCAGUGUGACCUGAAUGGCACUCGCUCUGCAUCCACAGCAGCUCAAGGGCUGCACUUUGGUGUUUGCGCUGGGGUGGCUCAGAGCCAUGUGACCCCAGGAUAUGCUCCAGGCAGGUUUUGAAAGAACUCGCUUCCACGUGCCUUUCGUCUACAGCCACCUGGCCUCAGUACUGCACUUGGUCACAAAUGGGGCAAGUGUUUACAGCUUCUGUCUGUUGUGCUUUGUGGAUGCAGGCAUGCGGUGACCACUGGGAAAGGGCCUGCUUGGAGCUAGGGGGCCUGUUCCUAUUAGGCACUGCUGGAGGGCUUUACAAACAAGGGACACCUCUGCACCAGAUCAGUAUUCUCCCAUUCCCUAUUGGGCUAAAUGAAGCAGAGUGUGGCUCUCCAGCCCCCUCUAGUGUCUGGAUUACAUAGGGGUUUCUGUCACAGCCUGAGCACACUUGGGUCUUUCUGUACAGCGAGUGAACGCUCCUGGUUUGGGAUCUAAAAGAUCCUGGGUUAAAUCCCUCACACUGACAGUUCUCCCAUAGGUGUCAUGUUACUUAGAGGUGGGCCAGUGUUGGUGUGGAUUGGGGUCAUGACGUGGGUGUGGAACCUACGAGUCCUGCCCUGUGACAUUACUUCCUUUCUGUAUGUUGGAUUUGGAUGCCCUGUUCCUGUUAAUGGGAACUAGGUGUACAAAUCUGCUAGGCAGCUCUGAAAAAUCUCGGUCCAUCUUACAUAAAAGUAACAGAGCUUUUUCCAUGAGAUCAGAGAGAAUUCUCAGCCCCCACGCCAGAGUCUUGCAUGUCCAGGGCUAGUUCAUAGGGGGUGGCAGGGAGAGGUGGUGUGUAGGGAUAAUUCUGAAAUUGAAAGAAUUAAAGUUUGGUUAAGAAAAUGACACGUUUGCUUUAAAGUUCGUGGCUAGCAGGGAGAAGGCCGCACUCAGCAAGUAGAAGAAGGCUGUGAGAAUGAUGUAGUGUGGGAAGGAUGUGUGGUUCCAAAAGUAACUAAUGAAAUAAAGAGCUGCAGUAAGGAUCUUAAAAGAAACCAGCACAAACCUUCCCGUUGUUCUGCUGGUAAGCGAGGAGGGGAGCAGAGAUAACAAGGGAAGACCUUGGAGAGAGGAAAGUCCCAAGGAAAACUGCUUCAAACUCCGUUUUUGCUAAAGCUAGUAAAUUAGCUGAAGGGUAUAAAGAGAGCCAUGAUCUGAAGGUUCUUUGUCAGACCCAACCUGAUCACGCUGAAGCACACCAGGGUGAGAUGGUUUUCCCUAGGUCUGGCCCAUUUGUAAGUAUACUGAUCACAUGCCGCUGAAUGCUUUUACUGUAUUGAGUGUAGGGAUUGCUUGUUUUUUGACUGUUGGGCAUGUUUAAAAUACCAUUUGGCCUUUGGAAUUAAUAAAGGAAUUUAUGGUUGAA